GCUCCUCUCAUUGGCUGCGACCGCAGCUUCUCUCCCACACGUGUUGCGAUUGGCUCCGAGCUCUGGGGCGGGAUUUCCGGGCGGGGACAACGCCGGCUCGUCAUUGGUUGGCUCUGUCCUUGCCCUGGGAGCAAGUCCCGGGCGAGUCCAUGUGGUUUCUGCCGGGGAGGCCGGUGAUGCUGGGGUAACCAUGGCGACCCUUUUCAGUCACGAUGGGGCCGAGGUGGUCCAGAGGGCCCUGGCUGUCAAGGAGUCGAGCGGCAGGACCCCUGCCGAGGCCCUCGAUGCGUUCUACGAGCUGGAGCGAGCCGCGGCCUUCGUCACAGCGAGCGGGUUUCGCAGGGUUGCCCUGCAGUUCCCCGACGAGCUCCUGGCAGAUUCAGCCGCCGUUGCAGCCAAGAUGGAGGAGGCGACCGGCAGCAAAAUGUACAUCCUGGGGGACACGUCGUACGGCAGCUGCUGUGUGGACGAGGUGGCUGCGGAGCACGUGGGGGCAGAGGCCGUGGUGCACUACGGCCCAGCGUGUCUCAGCCCUUGCAGGAAGUUGCUGGUGCUGCACGUGUUUGGCCAGCAGCCCCUGGACACGGAGCGCUGCGCUGGGGCCUUCCGGGAGCUCUACCCUGACCGCCAGAGCCACGUGGUGGUGCUGAGUGACGUGGUCUACGCCCACGCGCUAGGUGAGCUGGAGCAGCUGCUGGGCCCGGAGUACCCCCAUGUCGUCUUCUCCCGCCUGGCGAGUGACGAGGCCCCUGACCGCCCGCAGGGCCCGGGGCUGGUGCGGCAGUUCGGGCGCCUCUUUGCAGUGGAGGCGCAGAGCGGGCUGAAGGGCUACGCCAUGUUCUACGUGGGCGCCGAGGGCCUGGCCCUCACCAACUUCAUGCUGAGCUGGAACCGCUGCCCCUUCAGCUCCUUCAACCCGGCCACGGGCCAUGGCCGGCGCGAGAGCCUCGACAGCAACCGGGCGCUGCUGAGGCGCCUCUACCUGGUGGAGCGGGCACGGGACGCCCGCGUGGUGGGCAUCCUGGUGGGCACGCUGGGCGUGGCCGGCUACCUCUCCAUCCUGGAACACUUGCGGGGCAUCCUGAGCCGGGCCGGCAAGCGCAGCUACACCCUGGCCAUGGGCAAGCUGAGCCCCGCCAAGCUGGCCAACUUCCUGGAGGUGGACGUCUUCGUGCUGGUGGCCUGUCCCCAGAACUCCCUGCUGGACUCCAGGGACUUCUACCGGCCCGUGGUGACACCCUACGAGCUGGAGCUGGCCUGCAACCCAGCCCGGGAAUGGAGCAGCCUCUAUGUCACUGACUUCAGAGACCUGCUGCCAGGUGGCUGUGCACAUGUCGGCUUCCCAGACACGGUCCCCGGAGAAGGCGACGUUCCCGACGUGUCGCUGAUCACUGGGGAGCUGCGCGCGGCUGGGCUCUCCAGCUCCCCGGCCCCAUCCUCCAGCUCUGCCCUGGCCUGCAGGAACCCGGCGCUCGCACUGGCCGAGAUCAGCCCGGCAGCUUCCUUCCUGGAGUCGCGCAGUUGGCAGGGCUUGGAGCAGCAGCUGGGCCAGACGCCCGUGACAAAGGCCGUGCCGGGCCGGAGGGGGAUCGCGAUCGCCUACGAAGACGAGGCUUGUGGGUGACUGUGACCCUGCGGGACGCCACUGCUGGGAGACGGGCCCUGUGGGGCUCCAGCCUCCUGCCCUGGGUCGCCCUGGGCCCGUCUGCAGCUCAGUCCUGGGGCCGGUGCCAACAGUGGCCCUCUCCCGCUGGGGCCUGGCAUUGGAGACUUGGGAGUGCAGGAUCCUUGGGGCUGCUGGUGACGCUGGCCUGGAUACAGCUGUGCCUUAGAGAACCCGAUGGCGUUCGGGGUGCGACUCCGCAGGGCAGGCGGACACCCCCGGCCCACUCCCCCACGAGCCUCCAUGGCCACCUUGGACAGAGGGCACAGGGGAGUGACCUCCCCUCCUCGCUACCCCAGCCGGCAGCUCCCAGGGGCAAGGCCUGGGCUGGGCAGGGCCUGGCCUCCGCCCUGACCCUGGGUCCCCUGCCCAGCGCCGGGGGGCAGGUAGAGGAGCUCGGCAUCCCCCCGGCUCCCCUGGCAGCGCUAGCCUGAGGACAGCGAGGCCAAGGCAGCCGUGGCUGAAGGCGGGAGGUGGCGCCCAGGCAGGCCUGGCCCGGAGCAGCAGCGCCAGGGAGCUCAUCCAAGCCGGGACAGGCCUGGGGCUGCUGCCAGAGGCUCCACGGGACGUGCCCUGGGGGGCCUGUGUGUUCCCCUCCCCCCUGCUCUGGCUGAGGGAGCCGGGUGCAGCUGGCAUGUUCGCACCCCACAGGGUGUUUGCUGGCUGCUCGCAGGGGUGCUGGGCCGUAGCCCUAGCAGGCGGUUUGUGUCCUGACUGCCGCAGCCUGGCUCACGGGCGGCCCGCGGGUAGAGGGGCACCUUGCUAUGAGCCCCAGCUCCGCCCCUUCCCCCAGCAGGGGGAGCGCCGUGUCCCCUACUCUCCGCCUCCGCAGGGGUGCCCCAGGGGCAGGGGAAGCUACACCUAGGCCCGCUCCUGAGCAGGCAUGGGCACCUCUCCUGCCAGCCACCUGCCCUGGCUGUGCCCGUGGCUCUGAGCUCCUCACAGUCUGCGGGCUAAAGGUUUGUGAAGGCGAAGCCAGGCCAGCGCUGAGGGGGCGGGGGAGUGGAGCUGACGCCUGCCACAAGCCCGCUGCUGCAGUUUGCUCCCGGUGUGGCCUUGGCCCUGGUUUAGCAGCACCUGCCAGACCAGCCGAGUGAGGGGGAGGCCCUGCUUCCAUCUGGUGCGUUGCCGGGCCUCUCGGGGGGGGUCCAGGCCUGGCAUGACCUGCCCACGUUCACAGGAUGAGUGGCAGAACCAGUAACAGCCCGGGUCUCCCCAGCGCCCAGCCCUGGGCCCCGGCUGCCCCUGUCACGCUCCCACCCAGCACCGCACCACCCCUCGCUCGCCUGCUCCUCCAGCCUGCCUGGCAGCCCCCCCGGCUCCAUCCCUGCCCCCAGGCCCGCUGGAUGGGGUGUUGCUGGCCGUCUGUGGAACCACUGAGCCUCAGUUUCCCUGCCGUGGUGACCCAGCUCUGCCCCUCCCUGUCCAAAACACGUAGGAAAUGACCUGAACACUUCGCUUCUCUCCAGCAGACCGGCCUCCCCAGCCCUGGGCCUACCUCCCCUGCCACCCACACGCACUGCCCGCUCUCCUCCUCCCUGCCCUGCCCUGCCCCCUGCUCCAACAGGGCCUUCAGGUGGUCCAUUAACCCCUUCUUGCCUGGGGUGGAAACCCGUGUGCCCCCUUACAUGGAGAGGGGCUGCAGAGGGGGGCCAGCCCUCCAGGAGUGGCCGGGGGUCACCAGGAAUUAAAGCGUAAUCUUGGGAAAGCACAUGUCAUGAUAUGAAACCUCCAGGGACACGUCCCCCCCAACACUGACAGCCCCAGCUCUGCUGGGGGGCUGUUCCCUGGCCUGGGCUGGGUGUGUCACACUCGCUGGUCACAAGGGGCCCUGCCGGCCGCUGGCACAGCACAUUACAGGGCGUGGCGCCAGGGUGCUGGCCCUAAGAAGGGCCAGACUGGGUCAAACCAAAGGUCCAUCCAGCCCCAUGUCCUGUCUGCCAACAGUGGCCACUGGCAGGGGCUCCAGAGGGAAUGAACAGAACAGGGAAUCGCCCAGUGAUCCAUCCCCUGUCGCCCAUUCCCAGCUCCUGGCAAACAGAGGCUAGGGACACCAUCCCUGCCCAUCCUGGCUAACAGCCAUCGAUGGACCUGUCCUCCAUGAAUUUAUCUAGUUCUUUUUUGAACCCCAUUAUCGUCGUGGCCUUCACAACAUCCCCUAACAACCAGUUCCACAGGUUGACUGUGUGGUGUGUGAAGAAAUACUUCCUCUUGUUUGUGUUUAACCUGCUGCCUGGAAUGAAUGAGCCACCCAAACAUGAACUCUCACCCUUUGUGAGGGGGGGGCUUUU